CGAAGGACUUCGUCCUGAUUCUAAUGAAGACAUGACACCACAAGCCAUUAGUAAUUUGAUCAAACGUUGCUGGAGUGAAAAUCCUAAAGAUCGACCUGAUGCUGUUGAAUUGGUUAAUAUAUUUGGUAGUUUCAGACAGAAAGAAAGUGAAAUAUGGUCCGAAAUUGAUGCCAUGGAAAAAAAUAUAGAUUUUAGCAUACUCACAACUGAAGCUUCACAAUUUCUAAAUUACAAAACAUCGAAACAAGCAAUCUACACUAGUAGACUUAUUACACUUCCACCAAUACCAG